AUGGCUCUGCCAGUAUCGAUCGGAGACGCACUUAUGCUAUCUAAAUUGGCCUACCGACUAGGUCAGGCCUUCACAACCGGCCGUAAAUCAGCUCCAGCAGAGUUUGAAGAUGUCCAAAACCUUCUUUGUAGCCUGAGUAGAGCGCUGGAGCUGCUGAGUCGAGACUUGCCUGAUGGUUCUUCCUCAAGUUCUGUUAACGCUGAAGACAACGUGCUGUUUCAUAUCGUCCAGAACUGCCGAAGCACGCUCACUCAUCUCGAAUCUGUUGUUGCCAAGUAUGCUAUAUUGGAGAUCGAUUCGAUUCAACCCCAAAGAACACGCUUGAAAAGUUGGUCAGAGGACGUCCGCAGGAAUUGGAAAAAGGUCGUUUGGACGAAAGAAGGGGGAGAUUUGAUGAAACUCAAAGGAAAUCUAACGGCGCACACAAACUGUCUAACAUUGGCAGUAUCAGCAGCUACUAGGCACCAAGGAGCAGUCUCACAAGAAAGAAUCAACACCAUCCACAGCAAGCUUGACGAAAUACACCAAUGGUUUGCCGUAAAUUUGCAAGCAAGAGAGUCUGAGGCUCCUCGAAGGGUCAGAGCAGAGAGUCGACAGCAAAAAUCACUACCGUCACAUGAAAGGCCGCCUUUUCUGGCGUUCUGUGUUUCCAAAGCGUCGACGCAAAGUCCUAGUCAAGAACUUAUAUGUCCAAUUGCAUCUUUUUCUGAUCAGUGGCUGUCGGAUGCAGAAGCUGACGUGCUACCCGUCAGUUUUCUUGUUCAAAAUGUCGAACCACUGUCAAGAAGAAGCUGGCAAAUGUACGCGGGCUCACCGCGAUCGAACAUGCCGGUAUCGCUAUUUCUGACCGACGUGCCGCCUAAGCACCUCGCAAAGUUCGAGGCCUAUAUUGUUGAACUUGCCGUUUCUCAGGCCGCUCUUUAUGCCAGGCAAGGAUUGAGCUCGAUGCUGAUAUCUCAUUCAGCUAGUAAUAGUCAGGCAAAAAAUGUCUCCGUUCUCGUGGCGAAAGUACCAACAUCAAAUAUGGACUCACCAGUCUCCUCAACUUUCACGUCGAAUGGAUAUCGCUUCAGUCCUGGCCAGGUUGAGUCUAUCCAACUCCUAAGUUACGGCAUGCUACCAGAAACAUCGUCAUCAGGCCUAUCAUUAGGGUUAGACUCCGCACAAGCUAUGCAACGUCAUCCACAUGCGGAGCUCAUUCUUCAAUGCACCAAUCCGGAAUCUGGCGUGGGAAAUGAGACACGCUAUAUCAUUCAAAUUGACCAUCAUACAAAGAUAACAGCAAGGCCAAGCCCGACUAUUGUAUGCCUAGAAAACGUCUUUUGCAUAUCAGAAGGUGACGCCAACGAUGAGUUUACCCCGUUUCAAAUCAAAUGUUCAACCAUCGACUUUCAACUCCCUUCCACGUCUGCAGUAGAGUCUUUCACGACCAGCCUCCACGCCAUGCAACGCGAACUGUCCAUCCUCUACCUACAAUAUCCCCGCUUCGGUGAACAAGUCGUUUACCAACACGCGGCCGGUGAUCUCAUGGUGCGACACUGCUACCUCACAAAGGCGCAUCUUAGUCUCGUUUUCAACACGCUUUCACAAGAGUACCGCAUGAUCCUACUCAGUGGUUGCCACUCAGUCUCUGUUUGCCUGGAACUCCCUCAAUCCUUCCUUCAGGAUCUUGCCAGUGCAACUCAUCCACCGAACCGCAACUACCCCGCCUGGUUCGUCGAAGUAACCGAAAAUGGCACAAACAUCUCAAAGCAAUCUGCAGGCAUAGAGUCGCUGCUCUCGCUACAGGGUACCGCCACUAGUAUUGCCCUCCCACAGCCUAUAGAGCUACCAAUUCGAGGUACACAACAGGAUGAGGAUUCGGAAAUUGGAGACCGUGCUUUGUAGGAUUGGACGUUCGGAUCUAGCGCCUUGAGGUUUUGACAUCAUGUAGGCGGCGCUUAUAGUUAGCCCAGGGGCGUAUGCAAAUGCUUAGUGCUAUAUCAAGACGUUUACGGGAGGACUGCGAUUUAGACCCUUCAAACGUUUACAUGGCAAUGUGACUUGGCAG